UUAGGUUUUUUUUUUCAGAUAUUUUGGUACCUACAAAAGUUUGAUUGGUUAAUAUAAUUUUCUGUUUGAUCCUUCUGUCAUAAAGGAUUUCCUCAUUGUUGCAGCUUAGUUGUGUUCUUAUCCGUGCAACUUGUGACGCUUUCUUUUCAAAUGCAAGUGUGUGGAAAAUAUUGUACAAUAUGUGCAGACUCUACAAAUAGGAGGCAACAUGACGUUACUAACACCACUAAAAUUGCGUUUCCUUUUUCUAAUAUGUUAGAAUGCGUUUAAGCUCCAAUAAAAAAUUAAAUGGAAAAUAUCUUCGAGGUUUCAGUUGAAAGAAAAACUGCAAUUUGCUUUACAAUAAAAUUAAGAUUGCAUAAAUGCACCUUCAUAAAUUAUUGCUAAAUCAGGAAUGUAUUUAUGCCAAACAAUUCUUUCGAGAGCUUCAAUUUAAUGUAACUUUUUAGAGAGAUUUUGCUAAUUGAUAAUUCUGAUCGAAUGAAAAACCGUAAUGGUUCGUUUUAUUUGAAUCGCAUAAAUUAUUGUAUUUCAAUGACAUCUUAUAAAAAAAAUCCAAAAUAACGUUGCAUUAUUGUUUUUAUUUCAACGUUGAAAACACUUGAAGACAUCAUUGAGACGUUGAAAACACUUCGCAGGUGUAAUUUGAAAUUGAUUUGCUGAGUUAAGGUUCCUUUGAUAGAGAAGGCAUUGCUUGGGGUAUUUUUAUUCAGGAGGUUCAUUACGUGAAUUCUUCUCCUGUGAAGGUGUUGGAAAUUUCUUACUGAAAAUCCCAUUUUUUGAAGUGAAUUUUACCCCAGCAAGUUGUCUCGGCCAUUUCCUCUAUUUAAGCAAGAUUCUUUUUUCUUUCUUCGGCAGCUUUCAGAACCGUUAUUAUAAUUAAAAACUUCCGUUUUUGUUCUGAUACUCCUAUUUUCAUAUUUAUAGCCGGUCUAUAACGUAUUCCUAUAUUGCAUCCAGUUGAUCCGUUUUUCUAAUUUAAAAGGAACUGGUGGUUCAAUCAUUAAACCAAUAUUUUCCUGAUAAUUUAACUUUAUUGAUUUAUGAAAGAACGCCGUCAAAUGACUCUUUUAGAUGACUUUGAGCGCUCAACCACAUCUUGCCUGUGGCUAUGUUGUUAAUACAUAUCAUAAAGCAGAGUCACUAGAAAUCUAUGGCUGAAACAGCUGACUUAGAAAACUCUUUCCCAGGCAUCGCAAAUGAACAAAUUCUACCACCGAGUUCGCAGAAUGUGACUGAAAUUGGUAUUACAGUGGACUCAGCGCCUCCAGCCGGAACCCUGUCAACAGGUUUUACAUCAGGCGUCUAUUCUCUGACCACUACAAGUGGAUCCCUAUCUCCUAGGUCACAAGGGUCCAGCUAUCCGCAGACGCCGCCAAACAGCUAUACUGUAGACAGCUCAUUCGCCAAGUUCACAGCACUCCCAGCCUCCGCUCUGACCCUCGACACUCAGGAACUCCUAUCCAAACUCGACGAAAAUUUGACUUCGAGUGGCGAUGAUAAAGAUGGAAGGGCAUCCGACAGAAUCGCAGAUGGUAGUCUGGGAACUGGUGAAGCGGAGGGUCAUUGUCGUGAGGUUGCAGAAGUUGAAGAAGAUGCAGAUCCGGGACGUUUGGGUUUCAAUAGAGUAGAUCUUCCUGGGACUGAAGAGGCGUUUGAACAAUUUAGAAAACAAAACGAAGAGUUCCUGAAACAUAUGGACUCAAUUGCAGACACAGAAGAAGAGCCGAAAACCUCCAAUGAACCCCCAAAGGAAAGCGAAAAGGCACCACAGCCAGCGGUGAAUGUAGAUGAUUACCUAUUCGAUUUGCACAAUGAAAAUGUUGUCGCUUCAAAUAUAUGCCAAGAAAUGAUAGCAGACGGCAUCGACUCUUCAAGGUACCAGUCAUAUAUCUCAGAGUUGCCGAAUUCACGCGAAGAGUAUCAGCGUAUGGUUUCAAAGUUUGUAAAACAUCAGUCAUUUCAUACUAAAAGGUUAAAUCAUUUGCGGAAUGUCCCUAACGAUUCUUCUGUUUACGGAGCCCAAGAGUGCAUUACUGAUCCUCUCACUUCAGCUAUGAUAUCAGGUAGUUUAGCCAGUAAUUCAACUAAUUCCACUAAACCUAAAAUAGAGUCUUCAUCUCGUAGCCAGAAAAGACAAAUUGUGGAUUUCGAAAUAGCGAUAUUUAUGCCAGCUGAUAUAGAUUACCGCGAGCCAAUUUUAGCGGUGCAGAGGGAGUGUCAAGAAAGAAAUAGAUACCUUAAAAUGGUGCAAGCAACGCCAAAGGUGAGCCAACCUAAAACUCGGCUCAUUCCUUCUGAAAGCGAACAAAAUUUUAAAUUAUUCGACGAAUGGCAAGAUGAUGAGAUCUCAGACAUGGCCAGAAAUACUUCAGUGCUAUUCAGUGAAUCCGAAGAUCUGGAUGAAGAUGAAAUGAAAGAGACGCUGGAAGAGCAGAAGAGGCGAUUAGAAGAAGAGUAUGGGAUAGAUUUAGAGGACGCAAAUUUGGCAUCUGACGGAAGUGUCCAAACUCCUGGCGUCAAUAGUACCUAUGAGUUUGAAUGGGAUGACCAGGAAUUAGGAGGUGGGUUCGGGGCAAAUCAACUGGGAAACAACCCCAAUGAUCAAACAUUGGAUAAUGAUGAGAUGUUUGACGAGAAAUUGGUCGAUGCGUCUAUGAAUAUCCAGGCUACACGAAGGUGGCGUGUAACCUUCAUUAACGGUGUCGAGAAGCGAAUUGAUAUGAAAAUUCUGGAUCCUUUCAAGAAGGUUUUAUCGCAUGGUGGGUUUACACCAACUGGUCAAACGAUUCUGGUUUUCUCAGCUUGUUUUAUGCCGGAAAAGAAACGACCAGACUAUAAAUAUAUAAUGGAUAACCUGUUUCUGUACGUUAUUAGCUCAAUUCAAAUUUUGAUUACGGGAGAGUAUGUAUUGGUUUAUCUGCACGGUGGGGCUGACGAUUCAGUGACGCCCAGUUUGAACUGGCUCAAGAAAUGCUUCACUCAUAUCGACCACCGGGUGCGCAAGCAGCUUCAAGCACUGUACCUCGUCCAUCCCGACUUCUGGGUCAAAACCGGCAUGAAGCUGGCCAAGGUGUUCACAAGUAAUAAAUUCGAGAAGAAACUCAAGUUCGUAUCCUGUUUGUCCUCUCUUGCACGUUACAUUCCACUCGACUACAUCUACAUUCCAGACUGUGUGAAGCUAUUGGACUCUCAACUGGCCACAGAACGCACAGAAAGGACUCUCGAAGGCCUCAUGUAGAAUGUAGAUCGCAGAUGUCAUGAAAAAUCCAGUUGGAUAGGCAUUUAACGAAAAACUUGAUCUACCCUAUUGAUAAAUAUAUGAAUUUAAAAAAAGAAGCGGUUUUCAUCGAAUGGGAGGGUUAAAAUGACAUACCUACAAAUGUUUCGGUUCAGACAUUUUGACCGUGGUCAGACAUUGCGAGUCAGCUUUAAGAGCAUAUGACGUACGAAAAAAAUGAAUAUAACUUCUCGCGUUUUUUAACCGAAACUAAUUAUUUUAAAUUUCUUUUUGCACCUAAAGGUGAUGCUUUAAAAUUGUGUUGAAGAAUACUACUGUAAAUUUUGUAUAAAUUGUUUAGAUAA